CUAAAUUUCUCACGUAUGGAUCGCAGCGCAGAAUUUCGGAGGUGGAAGGCUCAGUGUUUGAGCAAAGCGGACCUCAGCCGCAAGGGAAGUGUGGACGAGGAUGUGGUAGAGCUUGUGCAGCUCCUGAACGCGCAAGAACAGUUUUUCACCACCAGCUCCUGCGCUGGCCGCAUCCUCCUCCUCGACGCGGGUAUAAAUGGUUUCGAGGUUCAGAAACAAAACUGUUGCUGGCUACUGGUUACACACAAACCUUGUGUGAAAGAUGAUGUGAUCGGAGCUCUGAAGAAAGCGAAUGGUGACACAGUGUUGAAAUUUGAGCCAUUCGUUCUUCAUGUGCAGUGUCGCCAAUUGCAGGAUGCCCAAAUUCUGCAUUCAGUGGCAAUAGACUCUGGUUUCAGGAACUCUGGCAUAACGGUGGGAAAGAGAGGAAAGACCAUGUUGGCUGUCCGAAGUACACAUGGCUUAGAAGUUCCAUUAAGCCACAAGGGACAAUUGAUGGUGACAGAGGAAUAUAUCGACUUCCUAUCAAAUGUGGCAAAUCAAAAAAUGGAGGAAAACAAGAAAAGAAUUGAAAGGUUUUACAGCUGCCUACAGCAUGCUUUGGAAAGGGAAGCUCUGAGUAACUUGCACCCCAAGAUCAAGGAGAAAAGUCACCCAUCAUAUACUCAUAAGAAGAAAAGAAACCCAGAAACAGGACGUGGCAAAGGUGUCAUGGAAGAAAAUGAUGAAGAACUUGAAAAUGAAGGCGACCAUCCAGGAAUCGAUGUGAGCCUCUUUCCUGAAGACUGCUAAGAUUUGGCUCUGAAGGGUCUUGAUAGGUUUUAUAACACUGCUCUUUAUAAGAGUAUUUUAGUUUGCUGAGUGUAUUAGUUAUUCAGAAAAGCAAAAUUUCUUUAUAUUUUAGAGAAAUCUAUCUUACAAAUAUAGAUGGCUUUUAAAAAUGGAUUUGUAUAAUGUUUGUUCCUUAACUACUUCUUUUUAAGUCAAGUAUUCAUUGAAAAACUAAAAUUAUUUUUUUUAAGCCCUCUCUCUUUGUUUAUUUCUUUCAAUUUCUUCUGCAUAACAAGAAAACUAAGCAUCAUACCCUGUCAAAAGACCUUUAACAUCAGGGAUAUUUAAGUAAAAAUCACAGUAACAUUUUUCUUAUUUUUAACUUUGAAACCACCAGUUUUGAAGGAGUCAGGCUUUACUUCUGUUGGCCUGGAAUCUAAUGACAAGUUUUUUCCGCUUUUGACUUUGUGUUUAGAACAACUGGUACUCUUUUUGUUCAGGACAAAAUACCUGAGUCCUCUUGCCACUGGCACACUCUUUAUGAAGCACAUGGGCAUAGGUUUAUGCCUGAGCAGAGACGAUAACUAAGGGCAUGGUGGUGGGCACCUAUAGUCCCCGCUCCUUGGGAGGCUGAAGUCAAUGAUUGCUUGAGCCCAGGACUUCAAAUCCAGCCUGGGCAACACAGGGAAAACCCUUCCUUAAAAAAGACACUAUUUAACCCACAGGCAACCUGAUACAACAAAUGUGCUAUGGAAAACUGCAAGGAUCAGAAGUUUGGGAUCUAAAUUCUGACUGCCUCACGGAAGCUGGAGGUUGUUGAGCAGGUGGCCUAACUUCAGGGGCUUUCCCGUCUGCUGCAUAACAGCAAUUCUAAUAUAUGCCUGAUCUGUACAAUGGGAGUGUUGACUAUGUAAAGUUACAAAUGUGAAAGCAUUUACUAAGACUUAUGCAUGUAUAUUAAUAUUUUCAUUAUAAAAUUAGAAUGAUUUCAUACCGUAUUUCACAAUGCACCAAAUCAUAAAAAUUGUAUACCUAAGGGGAAAUUACCAGUCAGUCUUAUAAAGUAUGAGAAUGUGAAAUAAGAAUUACUAUUAGUAAACAUUCGGUAUUGGGAUUUGGGCAUUUCCUAAUAUUUUUAUCAUUUAUCUUAGUUUUAAUUUUAUAUAAAUCAUAUUUUUAUCUGCACCCAAGAUGCUUGCCUUCUGACAGGCAGCAUUUUGUGCUUAAAAGAGAUGGACUUGAUAGACAUCUGCUAUCCUCUACUUAAAAUCAUCAGGGAUGGUAUCCAGGCAGUUCUACAUUUAUUGUAAGGUUUUUUUCCUUUAGUCCUUUUUCCUAUCAUUGCCCUGAACUGCUCUCUUACAGACCUACAGAGUAAGAUACUGAUAAUUAUUGACUUAAUUUAUUUUAGUAUUUCUACAACAUUUGGGAAGUCUUCAGUCUUCACAGACUUUGUUUCAUUUUCCAGAAAGAACCUCCCUGGAGUCCUUAAUCUCCUUACUACCCUCCAGGGUUCUGGUGCUUUCGGCAACUCCCGUGGCUGUGAAUCUGCCCCUUCCCUGGCUUCCUGAAUGCUGCCUUCUGAAUCACUUCCCUCUUUUUUUUUUAUGGCAAAUCCAUCUUGGUUCUUUUUCCCUCCAGUGACUUCACUGUUUACAACAUUUAUUGCACCUUAAAAUUACCUGCAAAACUUUGAAAAAAUACAGAAAGCACUCAAGGAUCUCCACAGUGGGAUACUGAGUAUUGUAUUUCUUUUUAAAGCUCCUGCUUUGUUUUAAUUGUCAACUAAAGGUUAAUAACUCCGGAGGCAUUCCAAAACUUGUGUCUUUGGCUUUCAUUUGCAUUGCUGUCUUCACCCCAGCCGUCUCAUCCAUUCCACAGUUAUUUAUUUCUUUAUUAUUAAAUCAUAGCUGUGUACAUUAGUGCAAUCAUGGGGCACCAUACAUUGGUUUUAUAGGCCAUUUGACAUAUUUUCAU